CCUCCUCCGCGGCCGCGCCGAGCCGGGGCCCUUGACGUGUCCCGCCGCCGAUUGGCCGCCGGCCGAUAGCAUCUCGGCGGCCGCGCGUUAAGGCGGGGGAGAGCGCGGUCCCGGCCGCAGAGAGCCGCCGCGACGAGACUAGACGGGACGGAGCAGAGCGAAGCGAAACAUAGCGUAGCCGAGCCAAGCCGCCCCGGCGGGGCUCGCCAUGGAGUACACACCGCCCCCGAAGCCGCAGCUCUCGUCUCGGGCCAACGCCUUCUCCAUCGCCGCCCUCAUGUCGAGCGGCAGCUCCAAGGACAAGGAGGCCGCCGAGAGCACCAUCAAGCCUCUGGAGCAAUUCGUUGAGAAGUCCUCCUGCGCGCAGCCUCUGAGCGAUCUGUCCGGCCUGGAGCCCCACGGGGACUUCAGCGGCAGCCCCUCGGCCCUGUGCACCGAGCCCCUCAUCCCCACCACCCCCAUCAUCCCCAGCGAGGAGAUGGCCAAAAUCUCCUGCAGCCUGGAGACCAAGGAGCUGUGGGACAAGUUCCACGAGCUGGGCACCGAGAUGAUCAUCACCAAGUCCGGCAGGAGGAUGUUUCCCACAAUCAGGGUUUCUUUCUCGGGAGUGGAUCCUGAAGCCAAGUACAUUGUGCUGAUGGAUAUCGUUCCGGUGGACAAUAAGAGAUACAGAUAUGCCUAUCACCGCUCCUCCUGGCUGGUAGCUGGGAAAGCCGACCCUCCGCUCCCAGCAAGGCUGUAUGUGCACCCCGACUCCCCGUUCACGGGUGAGCAGUUGCUGAAGCAGAUGGUCUCUUUCGAGAAAGUGAAGCUCACGAACAACGAGCUGGAUCAGCAUGGUCACAUCAUUUUAAACUCCAUGCACAAGUACCAGCCAAGAGUCCACAUCAUUAAGAAGAAAGAUCACACAGCUUCUUUGUUAAAUCUGAAAUCUGAAGAGUUCAGGACGUUUAUCUUUCCAGAGACAGUUUUUACCGCUGUCACAGCCUACCAGAAUCAAUUGAUAACCAAGUUGAAAAUUGACAGCAACCCUUUUGCCAAAGGAUUCCGCGACUCUUCCAGACUCACUGAUAUCGAGAGAGAAAGUGUGGAGAGCCUUAUCCAAAAGCAUUCCUAUGCCCGAUCCCCCAUACGAACCUAUGGUGGAGAAGAUGAUCUGGGAGAUGACAGUCAGGCAACGCAAAGCAGAGGAUCAGCUUUUACAACAUCUGAUAACCUGUCCCUCAGUUCCUGGGUAUCCUCCUCAACCAGUUUUCCUGGAUUUCAGCAUCCCCAGUCUCUGAGUGCCCUGGGUACCAGCACUGCGUCCAUUGCUACACCUAUUCCUCAUCCAAUCCAAGGAUCCCUGCCUCCAUACAGCCGCUUGGGAAUGCCUCUUACGCCCUCUGCGAUAGCCAGCUCCAUGCAAGGUAGUGGCCCCACUUUCCCUUCUUUCCACAUGCCAAGGUACCACCAUUAUUUUCAGCAGGGUCCUUAUGCAGCUAUCCAGGGACUCCGUCACUCCUCUGCAGUGAUGACACCAUUUGUAUGACUGAUGUAAGAUGACAGAAACAAAAGAUUUUAAAUGCGCAAGCUCGAUAUGAAAAAAUACAAGGGACCUUCCCAAAAGGCCUGUGGUGGGAGACUGCUGAACUCAAAACAAACCAGCUAAGAAAAUGCAUUGUGGAGAUUGAUUCCUCCAUUGAGGGAUCACAAGAAGAGAGCAUGCAGCUUGGAGCUGCUCACAGACUUAUGUGUAACACAGUCAAAACAGAUCUCAAAGUUCCCAGGAUUUCUGGUCAUGUGCAGGUUGUUCCAAAGGUUCAUUAUGCCUAGCAGAAAGAGACUAUGUUUAUGCAGCAGUGUACAAAUUAAUUGUGUGUAAGUCCUUUUCCGUAUGCUAGAAAGAUUCUGAAAAAGGCAAUACUCUUAUUCAUCGUCAUCUUUUCUUGUGACUAAUGAGCAUCUAAACAGAAAAAUGUAUCACUGUAACUUUGAGCAUGUUUUAGGCUAUCUCAGCAUGCAUUUGCUGGGAAUGGGACAAAGUGGAGAAGACCACUGUCCUUUUUAAAAGUCUGGCUUAUACUCAUCAAGAGCAGUAUUUCAUAAUUGCUACUAUAAUCUCAUAGAGAAAAUAAUUAGCAAGUAUUUACUUUUUCUUUUAUCUUUCUUUGUUUCUUUCACAAAACAUUUAACAGUUCCAAGAAGAGCUAUGUUACAGGACAGUAGCAGUAAUGAUGUAUUCUGUUCUGAUUGUCUCGUAUCCAGGGAGGAGCAAUUUAGCAGUCCAUUAAGAUAUGAUGAAGGAAAAUGUUGAGUUUUAGAAAAUCUGUUGCUUUUAAACUUAGAAGCUCAAGAUACUGUGUUUUUAAACCAAAGCUUCUGUUUGCUGCUGUGCUUGCCAUGUGUGUCCAGCAGCAAAUGGGUACCAUUAAUUAACAGAAUUUCAGGCUAGAUCAGUCUAUACCUAGACUCUAGAUCAAACUAUAAUCAAUAGAUUCAUAUAAAAUUAGCAGUAUCUUGGAGUAUGUUUCUACUUAGUCUGUUUUCUUGAGUUUGGUCAUUAUUGUUACUAGACAAGAUGUUUGGCCAUGAAACAAGAGAUGUACUGUUUCGUUUUUCAAGUUCCAGUUUCUUUGGGAAAAUAUCAAUGCUGAAAUUUGCCUAUAUAUAUAUAUAUAUUAUUUGUAUCUGCCUUAUUUUAGUUAGUAAUAAGAGUUCUCAUUGAAAAUACUGUCCACUUUUUCUAGUACGUUGUGUCUGAUGCAACAGAGGAUCUGUGGAUUCAUGGGAUAAAUUGACCUCCACAGAGAGCUAGCACGAAUCCUUUGCACUGUUGAAAAGAGAACUGGUGUGAUGCUGGUUUUCUGCCUGGUGGGAACUAGGAUUUCACUGUAAAUAAGAAGUCAAAACACAUUUUCUGUGUUUUGUUGCACCCAAGUUAUAGAUGGUAAAACAUCUAUUAGUAAAAAAAAAAAAGAGCUUGCAACCCAAUCUUAUAUAUUAAGGGAUUUGUGUAGAGCUGGAACAGAUUGAAAAACAGACAUGUUGGCAUUGUUCUUCUCUAUUUUUGCCCAAUGAGCAUUGGUGCCAUAAGAUGAGAAGUACAGUGCAGUAUAUUGAGUGAAGGGCAGGGCAAGUCACCAGCUUUUUUUGUUGUCACAUUGCCUCAUCGUACCAGCCCAGGCACAGAGAGCAGUGACAACAUCCCAGACUUUUCUCAGCUUCUACUGUAGGCCAACGCAUGAAUUCAAAGAUAAGGACCAUCUAUUUAUCUUCAAGUAGCUGAAUUUAAGAUCUUGCAAAUUGGCCAUUACAAUCACCUUAGUUAUCUGCAGUAUCAUUCUAAUUUCCCUUUACUCAUUGUUGGGCAUGCUAAUAACAAAUUACCUGGGAAAAUCUGCAACUUUUGUGCUCUGCACGUGAAUGAAACCAAACUUCUAUUUGCAGACUCUGGAUUUAGCACUACUACAAGCAGUUUUUUAAAAACAUACAAAGAGCCAAGCUCUGCUACAGUAUUUUAAUGGUUUAGAAUCAGACACUGAAUAAAUUGUCUUGAUAUAUCUAAACAUUAAAUUUUGCUCUAGGCAACAGACACAUCUGGAAAGUGCACAUUGCAAGGUUGUGCAUACUCAUGACCUGUUCUAAUAUAAAAAUAUUAUUUUUCAUGAAAUUAUAUGAUACUAGAAAAAUCUAGAUGAUACUAGAAGAGUGCUGCAAGAAAAUACCUCUUCAAGUACAUAUUCAAUUCUACAUACAUGAGAAUUUCAGGGGAGAGUUGGAAGGAAAUUUUAAUGUCUCUUCUUCAAUUGCUUGACUUCUCUAAAAAAAUAUGCACAGCUGUAUGAAGGUCCUGUGGUGAGGCUCACUACAGCCUGCGGGGAAGUUCUGUUUCUCAUAUCUAUUUCCUUCUGCAGCUCCAUUACCUUAUCUGAAGCUGCAGGGAAUAUGGUUAGGCCCAGAAAUCAAGCCAGUAGCUUUAAUUCUGAUACUUACACUAGAAAGUGAUCAAGUAGGAAGGCUGCUUUCACAGGGCUUCAGAAAUACGUUUGCAACAGGUAGGCUGGUUUAGGCAAGCUGUUCAAGUUAUGUAAAGACUGCCCAUACAUUGACCUGUCCUUCUUUUGUGAGUCAAAUUUGGAGAAAUAAACUGCACAAUUUUUAGCCCUUCUCCAGUCCCCGUUCUAAAAAUACCAAUAUUUGGCAUGUAAAAAUUCUCCUGAUACUGCUUCAGAAAAAAUGCUCCAGGCUCUUCUUGAAGGAAUGAAUCCAGAUUUUGAUAUCAUUUACAAAAAUAUCAAAUGAAAGACACUUAUCAUUACAAGUAGAAUGUGUUGUAUAUUUGAAAAAGGUGGCAGUAGACUCCCACUCUAUAAAAAUGUGGUAAAGCCAACACCUCUUCCAAAUUUUCUGUGGUGAGGUUUACAUUAACGAUGAUCAAGAACAGUUUCUGCAGAAUUAUCUGUCAAAUCCACAGCCUGGUUUUUCCAGUCAGGUCAAGGCUCAAGUCCUGCUCUCCACACAGCUUCUUCUCACCCCUCUGUGGGCAGCAAGAGAGUGAUUCCAAGACGAAAUUUCUGCUCCUCUUAAAACAGUGGUAAAUUUCUUGACUGUAAUCAAGACAGGAUUUCAUACAAAUUCACAUUCUUUCCUAAAAAUAAAGUCUAUCUGCAGGGAUGGUGACUAUGACAGCAGCAAUAUAGGAAGUUUGCAGAACAGACUAAAAAACAGGUAUUAAUCAGCUUCAGCACUGACUUCAUAACUGGAAGAACAUUAACAUAAAUGUGUAAUUAAUUGGUUAAAGAGUGAAAUUGUUUUGCCUAAAAAAAAAAUUGUACUACUUUGAAAAUAACUCAGUAAUUUAUUUAACGAGUUGCUGUAAUGCUGUCACAGCUCUAUUACUUUCAGGAUAGAACAUCUGUUGCUGGUAGAUGUUCUAGGAAUGCCAAAUGUAAUCUAGAGUUUAUUUUCCAAUAUAAUUCACAUUUUACAUCCCAUGAGAGGUGCUCUUCACCUUUAUGAGCUAUCUUGGCUGAGCAAACUGGUGCUGUUUAGUGUUUUUUUUAUUAUUGUUUUAUUGAAGAAGGAUGGAGAGAACAUGCCUGAAUAUGCUUUUCAGAAAGAAUGAUAAGAUUAUCUUCCAAAGUGUUAAAAGUACUUUUGGGUGUUUUCUGGAUUACCAUUUUAUCCAUAGACAGUUAACAGCCUUAGGUCUUUUAUCCAACAAAAGCAUCCCAAAACUAACAAAACUAACAUAAAUACGUUUGUCUAUUUUUUUUACUUCUUGUUUUGGAGCCUUGAGACAAGCUAGAAUCAAAAACAUUUUAAAUUUGGCUGUUUGUUUUGUGGUAUUGGUUUACAUGGCCUGAGGAACUCUCAAAGAUAAAAAUUCAGUCUCACUGGUUUCAGGGUACUCUCCAGAUAGAAACGGGCAAGCAAGCAUACACUAAGUGGAUAAAGCUGCAGAGUUUUUAAUGGAAAUGCUUCUUUGCGAGUUCAACUAUAGUGUGCUGUAUGAUAACUUACAUCCAUGUAGUGCAGCCUAAAAAAUGCAAUAACAAAUUUUUCCCCAGAAGGUUUUAUUCUUGGAUAAAGGACACACACAUGCAGUGUGUACCUGAAGGCCGUGACACUGUAUGAAUGUGUAUACGUAUGAAGAUAGUGCAGCUUCCAACAUCCAGCAAGCACUAACUCGUAUUUGAAAAUGUACCUCUUCUAAAUCGAAAAAAGUCUGGGCUGGCAACUUGAUUAUAGCCUACAUCCUCUGCAUGCACAUGAAUGUUAUAAAGAAACAGAAAUAUCAAUGAAAAUUUUUGCAAAAACCUGGGGAGCUUUCCAAAAUUGGAAGGUAAUGAAACUGUGGGAAUUCCCUCCUGGAUAAGGGGUAGAGAGAUGGUGAGAUCAGUGUAACACUUUGGGUUCCUCACCUGGAAGGAAGUCUUGGCCUCAGCGCUUAUGCUCGUCAUCUGCAGAGGGGUGAUGUCCACUUACUGCAAGAUUAUGUUUCAUUUUGAUGAGAUGUUAUUCUCACCAUUCCUUACAGAGUGCUUUCUGCUGCAGAAGAUGUGGUUUCUGUACUAUUUACUUGCUGGCCAGAGGAUUUAUGUAUUACUCUGUGAUAAACUGUCCCCAAAUAUAACCUCUAGUUUAUAAAGUAACAACUUAUUUUCCUUUAUUUUAUCUUUCUAAAAGAAACUAAGCAGUGAUUUAAGUAAACUUUGAAUUAACUUUUUAUAAUACUUUAAGGACAAAAAAUACAGUUUGCUGUAUUUUACCUUUAGUACAUUUAAACAACUUUUUUUUUUUUUUUUCAAUUGUACCUUCAGAAACAUGAGGAAAGAUUUGGUUUAAAAAUAAGGAAGGUAAAAACUGGAUGUAAUCUCUUUAACAGAAUGUACCACAGUUCUGCUGUUUGCUGUGUUGACUUUGUUGUUUAUAAUGCAUUGCGUGAGCACAUUCACCAUGUACUGAAGUGUGUGUUUGUGUGUAUGGGGAGGGGUAGGGGGAAAUCUUUUUAUGGAAAAAGAAGUUAUGAACAUAAACUAUGAAGCAACAUCUAAUGAAAAGUUUCUUUUUAAGUGCAAUAUAUUUAUUUCUGCUAGAAAUAUAAUAUCAACAUUAUGUAAUAUUUGAAGCAUUAAAUGUUAUUUGUAAACAGCUUAAAAUUAUAUAUAUAUAUCACAAAACUGUACAGAAGUGCAAAUGUGUGGAUAUUCUGUUUC